GUGUCGAGCGCCGAGCUCCAGGAACUGAGCUGGGUGAGCGGGCCCUUGUGGCCGCGCAGUCUCGCUAGGCGACAUGAGUUUGGCUGGGGGCCGGGCCCCCCGGAAGACCGCUGGGAACAGGCUUUCUGGGCUUCUGGAGGCAGAGGAAGAAGAUGAGUUCUACCAGACGACUUACGGAGGUUUCACUGAGGAAUCUGGAGAUGAUGAGUAUCAAGGGGACCAGUCAGACACAGAGGAUGAGGUGGACUCUGACUUUGAUAUUGAUGAAGGGGAUGAACCAUCCAGUGAUGGAGAAACAGAAGAGCCAAGAAGGAAGCGCCGAGUAGUCACUAAAGCCUAUAAGGAGCCUCUAAAGAGCUUGAGACCUCGAAAGGUUAGCACCCCAGCUGGUAGCUCUCAGAAGGCCCGAGAAGAGAAGGCGCUGUUGCCACUUGAACUACAGGAUGAUGGCUCUGACAGUCGGAAGUCCAUGCGCCAAUCUACAGCUGAACAUACACGACAAACAUUUCUUCGGGUACAGGAAAGACAGGGCCAGUCCCGGCGGCGUAAGGGGCCCCACUGUGAGAGACCACUGACCCAAGAAGAGCUGCUCAGAGAGGCCAAGAUCACAGAAGAGCUCAACUUACGUUCAUUGGAGACAUAUGAGCGACUGGAGGCUGACAAAAAGAAACAGGUUCACAAGAAACGGAAGUGCCCUGGGCCUAUAAUCACCUAUCAUUCGAUGACGGUGCCACUUAUCGGGGAGCUGGGCCCCAAGGAGGAGAAUGUGGAUGUCGAAGGACUUGAUCCUGCUCCCGCAGCCUCCUCAUUGGCUCCCCAUGCUGGGACUGGACCUGUCAUCCCACCUGCUCGCUGCUCGCGUACCUUCAUCACAUUCAGUGAUGAUGCGACAUUUGAGGAAUGGUUCCCCCAAGGUCGGCCCCCAAAGAUCCCUGUUCGGGAGGUCUGCCCAGUGACCCAUCGUCCAGCUCUGUACCGGGAUCCUGUUACAGACAUCCCCUAUGCCACUGCUCGAGCCUUCAAGAUCAUCCGUGAGGCCUACAAGAAGUACAUCACUGCCCAUGGACUGCCUCCUACUGCCUCAGCCCUGGGCCCUGGCCCCCCACCUCCUGAGCCCCUCCCUGGCUCUGGGCCCCGAGCCUUGCGCCAGAAAAUUGUCAUCAAAUGAAGAAAUGUCUAGUCCUUAGCAAACUCUUUCCUGCCUGAAAAUGGGGCUCUUGAUCUUCCCUCUCUCUCUACUUCUGCCCUUAAUAUCUCUGAUUGCCCAUUCCUCUAUAUGUCUUUCCCCAUCUUUCCCCCAGUUCCUUGUUCAUUUUGUUGUGGUUUUUUAAUAUAAUAAAAUGGAAAGAUCCUU